UCAACUUAAACACACUACACAACAUAGAUAAUCCCUUUGCGGUAUUUAAUCGAACACCUUGCGCGCAUAGCUUAAAUCUAUUCCUUCUCUGGUCAACGCUCGGUGAUUAAGGUAGGAACCGAUUCCGACUUACCGCCGGGGCAAAUCGGACAAUGGGUACCAUCAAAAAGCUGUCUUUAGGUGUACAAUAGAAGUUGCAUAAGCUUUGACAAAGCGCGUUGCUUCGAGGUGCGUGGGCCUGAAAGCAUAUUACAUGGGCAUCUAACGACCUAUAGAGUCUUCGAGCUUUUCACUCCGAGAUCGCCGAGCAACGACCCUCGUCGGAGUUUCUCGAUUUAAGAAGCUUCUCAGGUAAAGCUCCAAAAGGGUUUAAGAUGAGUAUAAGUAGAGCCAAGGAUAUGAGACUUCCGCUGAUGAAUCUCGUUAGACUUAAAGGAACACCGAUUUUGGAACAACUUCAUUUAGAAGAGAGGCUUCUUAGAGCAUCCUCUGAUAAUUGGUGUAUUGUUAACGAUGGAACCAAUGUCCCUACCAUUGUCAUGGGAUUGUCUGGGAAGCCUUCUCAGCUUCUUGAGGUUGGACCUGUUGUAAAAGAUCGAAUACCGGUGAUCAAAAGAUUCACUGGAGGUGGGACGGUGAUUGUGGACAAGAGUACUCUCUUUGUGAGUUUGAUUUGCAACAAGGAUGAUGUUCCAAGUGUCCAGCCUUAUCCUCGUUCUGUCAUGGCAUGGAGUGGCUCAUUGUAUGGUGAAGUGUUUGAGGGUGUUGAUGGUUUCCAACUACGUGAGAACGAUUAUGUUUUUGGCGACCGAAAAUUUGGUGGGAAUGCUCAGUCAAUAAUCAGGAAUAGAUGGAUACACCAUACGUCAUUUCUUUGGGACUACAAUGUUAGAAACAUGGCUUACCUUAAGCUGCCUUCCAAAGUGCCACAGUACCGGUUGGAAAGAGAUCACACAGAGUUCGUGUGUAGGAUGAAGGAUUACAUUGAGAGAUCAGAUUUUGUUGAGAAGACAGUAAAGGCUGUGGGAAACCAGUUUGCAAUGAAGGAAGUGAACCUUGAGGAUAUAGAUUCCUACGCAAAAGGAGAACAUGUGAAGAGCACGAGGCUCCUUACAGUGGAGGAACUCCGAGAAGCAAUGUCAGGCACGGCUCAGAGUGCAUGAGCGUACUGCUCAUGCUAGUUAUGGAAUGCAAAACUGCUAUAGUUUGCUGAGGUCCUUGAUUAUUUGCCUCGUUGUGGACUAUUCUUAGAAUUCAAUUCGUGGUCUAACUCAGAAUCCGUAAGAAACAUAUGUGCUGAGUGUUUUAUUUUACAACUUGUUUUCAAAUUUUGGUUCAGAAA